AUGAUGAAAAAUUUAAUUGUAUUCAUAGUUGUACUAUCAUUACUCGCAUCGACAUUUAUCGAUGCUGUUGACGUCAAAAUCAACAAUCAAAAAAAUACUCAACACAAGAUCAAGUUUGAUGAUUUGAUCAACGAACAUAUUACUACUGGACUUCAAGGAGGUCAAUAUGGUGGUUGGAGUUGUUUAGGUUGUACCAUCGGUUUAUCAUUGGUAGAACAAAUGAGCGUUCUCCAUGAAAAGAGCAUUGAAGAAACACUCGACGAAAUUUGCAGUUAUUUCCCAGGUCAAGUCGGUUCACUUUGUACCUAUAUGGUUAAUACCUAUGGUAAUCAAAUCAUUGCUUUGUUUGCUGAAAAUAAGAAUGCUGAUGAUGUUUGUUUAUCAUUACAAGUAUGUACUGGAUCACAAUGUAGAUUGUAUAAUAGUACAUCUACCUAUACUGGUCCAUUUUCAGGCAAACCAAAUCCAAUCUUGUCUGGAUCAAAGAGAGUCAAUGACAAUCCAUGGGCUUGGUUGAAAAAGAUCUAUGCUCUUUGGGAUAAUGAUCAUUUACCAUUAGAAGAUCUUGAUUCUGAUAAGUUUUCAAUUGUACCAACAUUUAGAGGAUAUAAUUGGAGAGGUAUGGAUUGUAAUGAUUUUAGUAAUGAAAUUUAUCCAGGUGUUGUUAGUAAUAAUGCUGAACCACAAAUCGAUUGGAAUUGUAAUGGUAUCUCGGGCAGCAAUGCAUCGGGAACCUAUGAAGAGAUGCUUUGUGCCAACUCUGGCCAAUUGGGUGUGAUUGUUGCUGGUGAUAGUGCCGGUGCACAUUUCUCUAUCCCACCCGAAUGGAUGACCGCCGCCUUGAUCAACAAGACCACCUACACUGACAUUCUCAGCGUCAUUGAAGACGAGGCUGACUGGCCACACAGAUCCGCCUACACUGGUUGGGUUCCAUCGACCGAAGCCAUCCCAGUCGACUCUGUCUACAUGCGUAUGCGUGAACGUAACCUGUGCAACCAUCGUGACUUCCAAAAUUUGGCAGUCAACGGCGGCAGCUCAGACUCGAUCCUCAAGACCAUCAGCGAAGUAUCGCGUAACCAACAAACCGAUCAACCAGCCCUCGUCUUUGUCGAGCUCAUCGGUAACGACGUUUGCAGCCAAAGUCAUAACCUCGAUCACAUGACCACGCCAUCCGAGUUUGUCGCCUACAUUGAGGCCACCCUCACCUACCUCGACACUGUCUUGCCCAAUGGCUCGCACGUUGUCUUUAUCGGCCUUGUCGACGGUCGUGUGCUCUGGGAUACCCUCUGGAACCGUACCCAUCCCGUUGGCGUCCCCUACGAAACCAUCUACGAGUUCCUCAGCUGUUUGGGUGUCAACCCAUGUUGGGGAUGGCUCAACCCCGACGAGAGCAUCCGUAACCAAACCAGUGAACGUGCUGCCCUCCUCUCGUCCCUCUACCCAAGCAUCAUUGCCAACAACACCUACAACAACUUUGAUCUUCAAUACUAUGACUUCCCAUUCCCAGCCAUCAAUGCUGAAUGGAUCGCCAACGGUGGUCAAACUUGGCAAUUAAUUGAACCAAUCGAUGGGUUUCAUCCAAAUCAACAAGCUAAUGCUUUGAUUGGUGCCAAUCUAUGGAACCAGAUCAUGAACGACCACCCAGACUGGCUCGGUCAAGUUAAUCCCAACAAUGCCAAGAUUAUUCAAAUGUUUGGUGAUCAAGGUGGUUAUUCAUUCUAG